AUGAAUCUAACAGCAGAUGCUGCAGAAGUGAUCUUCAAGUUAGAAACAACUGAACCUAGACCUAACGGCACUAAUUGCCCUGAAAAUGAAGAAUACAGAUUCUGCGAAACCUGUAACCGGACCUGUGAUAACGCCAAAUCCCCCUGCCCCGCGCAGUGCGCCAGAGGCUGCUUCUGUAUGGCUAACAAACAAUAUACAGACGUACCAAUACCAUACAAGAUGAUGUGCAAUGCAAACCAGGUGUACAAAGACUGCGAGAAUUGCGAGAAAACCUGUAGUAACCCCAAUCCUCAUUGCUCUACACAAUGUUCUAGAGGAUGCUUUUGUAAAGAAGGACUUUAUAAAGCACCCGAUGGAGAAUGCCUUGAAUUAGAUAAAUGCCCCAAAGCGGAAGAAUCGAUAGGUACAGCCCACGAGCCGUCAAUAGAAGACUGUGAUAUUGACGAAGAGUAUUACGCUUGUGGAUGGUGUGAACCGACUUGCUCUGAGCCAGAGCCGCGGUGCCCUUUGAGGGUGUGCACACGUGGUUGUCAAUGCCGUCCACCCCUUCUGAGACACCGCACCGGCAAAUGCGUCACCCCUGAGCUCUGCAGCCCACAAAAAUGUGAGGACCCAAACGAAGAAUACGCUUGCCGGUACGGAUGCGAGGCAUCUUGUAUACAACACCGUUGCGUCCGCCCGCGCCGCUGUGAGCUAGGCUGCCACUGCAAGCUCGGGUUAUUAAGAGACCACUUUACCGGGAAAUGCGUGGAGAAGAACCAAUGCACAAAUGGACGCCACACUAUUACAGAUUUAAAAACAACCAUUUUACUACCAAAUGCAGUAGAUUAA